ACGUCACACACAACAAGUAUGGCAGCGCCCUCUGAGCUGCAGAAGUCUAGUGUGUUACAAAAGACGUGUUAAAACGCGAAUUAGAAGAACAAUUAAUGAACUUGGACUGUUGUAAUUGUACAUAAAGUAGGUGUGGAGAGGUUGGAGUUGUUGACUGCAGUGAAAGAUGGGGUUUGAGCGGCUGCUGUGCGGGGCGCUGGAGCGUUACUCCAGACAGUUUCUACUCGGUAAUAUUCGGCAGACAGUCCGAGCAUUUCGAAAUGCGUCGACUUUAGCGAGCAGCAGCGUGUCCACCAGGCUCGCUGUUCCUGGAUUGUUCAGCCGGAUAUUUAUCCACACAGGCAGCCAGUCGGCAGCCCGUCGCAGCCUCUGCACCUCCGUUCAACCCUCCAGAGAUGUCACCUUGUUCGAGCACGACAGGACCCGCUUCUUCCGGCUUCUGUCGGUGUUUAGCGGCGGGCAGUUCAUCUUCUGGACAUACUUGGCUCACUUCGCCUUCACCGGGCUCAGAGACACGGGGGGCACCGCAGAGAAGGGGAAAGCCAAGGCGGCCACCACCACGGGGCUGGCCGGGAUGUGGAGUUUUGAGAUGAACCUCGGCUCGAACACCUGGAGGUACGGCUUCACGCUGGGAUGCCUGACAAUCGGAGCUGGGAUAGUCGGGCUCGGGGCUCUGUUCUGCCGGCGAUCUGUCAGCAAGGUGGUUUUACAUCAAGGUGGGAAGAUUGUGACCGUCUGCACACAGUCCCCUUUGGGAGCGGAGCAGGGCCGGAGAAUAACUGUGCCACUGUCCCAGGUAGCCUGCCACGCCCACAGACAGGAGUCCCCCUCAUUCAUUCCCCUCCGAGUCAAAGGACACAAGUUCUACUUUCUUCUGGACAAAGAGGGGACUGUGAACAACGCCAGGCUGUUUGACAUCACUGUUGGUGCUUACCGGCCAGUUUAAACUGUGGUUGUUACACAGAUGCCAAAACGGUUGUGGACACUCAACAGGCACACUGGUACAUGUGUCCGCCAAACAAAUAAAUGAGUGUAUUUUUGAUCAUGUCAGUUUAAAUCAAAUAAAAUAUAUAUGAUAUCAAAUAUGUAUUGACUGAGGUUAGUUACAGUUGGUAUUAAACAUGGCAUACCAAUGCUGUUGACACUAAGAUUGUAAUGCAUAUAUAAUACAUUUCAAAGUCUCUCUGCAAUUGUUGAUUAAACCCCUCAGAACUCA